GGGCCCGCCCCGCCCAGCACCGGCACCGGCCCGGCCCAUGGGGGCUCCGGGAGCGGUCGGUACCGCAGGCACCCGGUGAGCCCAGGCCGGCAGCGUGUGACCAGUGCAACGGCCUGACCGGCAGUACGGCGUGACCACUGUCAUCGUGGUGUGACCGGUGUCACGGCGUGACCAGAGAUACGGCGUGACCAUGCAGGCAGAGGCCAGAGGGGAUUUUGGCAGCAGGGAAAAGCACCCUGAGCUCGCCAAGGAGAUGGUGGCCCCGGAGUGCCCAGCUGGGACCCCCCACCAUGGCCCAUCCCCUCAGCCCCCCGCAGUCCCGGAGGAGCCAGGGGGCCCCAUCCCCAGCGCUGGUCUGCUGCAGGUCACCGAGCGCAGGCAGCCCCUCAGCAGCGUCUCCUCGCUGGAGGUGCACUUUGACCUCCUGGACCUGACGGAGCUGACGGACAUGUCGGACCAGGAGCUGGCUGAGGUCUUUGCUGACUCCGAUGAGGAGAACACAGCUGGAGAGGGGCCCGGUGGGCUGCAGCCAGCACCACGGGCCGGUUACCUUCGCUCUCCCUCCUGGACUAGAACACGAGAACAAGGUCGUGAUAAGAAACACCUCAACGAUCCACCGCUGCCACCACCACCCCCAGACCCCCCUUUCCUGCCCCCUGAGCGCCCAAGGGACCCAUAGGGGCCACCACUGGGUGGGCUACCAGUAGCCUGGGACGUCUAGGGCAAAGAAGGGGCAACCGGCUACUGGUACCUGACCCGGUUCUCUCUGUAUUCUGGUAAAACCAACCAACCAACCAACCAACCAACCACCCUCACGCCUCCUGCCCGUCUCCGUUGGAGGGGUUGGGGGGCGGUGACACAGCGGUGACGCGGGCAAGCGGCGCAAUGACGUCAAAACCAGAUGAAAUUGUGCAAAAAAGGCCUCAUU